AUGUACGUUAUUAAAAGAGACGGCCGCAAAGAGCCUGUGCAAUUUGAUAAAAUCACUUCCCGUAUCACCCGUUUAUCAUACGGGCUAGAUCCCAACCGUAUCGAUGCCGUUAAGGUGACGCAACGUAUCAUAUCGGGUGUCUACUCCGGUGUGACGACCGUUGAACUGGACAACUUGGCUGCUGAAACCUGUGCUUACAUGACCACUGUGCACCCCGAUUAUGCCACUUUGGCUGCCAGGGUUGCCAUCUCUAACUUACAUAAGCAGACGACAAAGCAGUUUUCGAAAGUCAUUGAAGACCUGCACGACUGGGUUAACCCUGCGACUGGGAAGCUCGCUCCUAUGAUUUCGGAUGAAGUCUAUAAUAUUGUCAUGGAAAACAAAGAUACCUUAAAUUCGGCCAUCGUGUACGACAGAGACUUCAAGUAUACCUAUUUUGGGUUCAAGACUUUGGAACGUUCGUACCUGCUAAGACUGAAUGGUGAAGUGGCCGAACGUCCGCAACACUUGGUCAUGCGUGUGGCCCUAGGUAUUCACGGUAGCGAUAUCGAGUCGGUGCUGAAGACUUAUAACUUGAUGUCCUUGAGAUAUUUCACUCACGCCUCCCCCACUUUAUUUAAUGCCGGUACGCCACACCCUCAAAUGUCGUCCUGUUUCCUGAUUGCCAUGAAGGAUGAUUCCAUUGAAGGUAUUUACGACACUUUGAAAGAAUGCGCUAUGAUUUCCAAGACUGCAGGUGGUGUUGGUCUUCAUAUCAACAACAUCCGUUCCACUGGUUCGUAUAUUGCUGGUACCAAUGGUACUUCAAAUGGGUUGAUUCCCAUGAUUCGUGUCUUUAACAACACUGCCCGUUACGUGGAUCAAGGUGGUAACAAGAGACCCGGUGCAUUUGCCCUUUUCUUGGAACCAUGGCACGCAGAUAUUUUCGACUUUGUCGAUAUCAGAAAAACCCAUGGUAAAGAAGAAAUUCGUGCAAGAGAUCUGUUCCCCGCUCUAUGGAUUCCUGAUCUUUUCAUGAAGCGUGUCCAAGAAGACGGUCCUUGGACUUUGUUUUCGCCCAGUUCUGCUCCAGGUUUAGACGAUGUUUGGGGUGAUGAAUUCGAAGAGCUAUAUACGCGUUACGAAAGAGAAGGUCGUGGUAAAACUAUCACCGCCCAAAAGCUGUGGUACGCCAUCUUACAAUCACAAACAGAAACAGGUACACCUUUUAUGGUGUACAAGGAUGCAUGCAACAGAAAGACAAACCAACAAAACUUGGGGACUAUCAAAUCGUCUAAUUUGUGCUGUGAAAUCGUCGAGUAUUCCUCUCCAGAAGAAACUGCUGUUUGUAAUCUAGCGUCUAUUGCCCUACCUGCAUUUGUUGAAGUUGCCGAAGACGGUAAGACUGCAACUUAUAAUUUUCAAAGCUUACAUGAUAUUGCUAAAGUCAUUACUCAUAACUUAAACAGGGUUAUUGACCGUAAUUAUUAUCCAGUGCCUGAGGCUAGAAACUCUAAUAUGAGACAUAGGCCUAUUGCUUUGGGGGUUCAAGGUUUGGCCGAUACUUAUAUGAUGUUGCGUUUACCAUUUGAAUGUGAUGAGGCUCAAACCCUAAACAAACAGAUUUUCGAAACCAUUUACCAUGCUACCCUUGAAGCCUCCUGUGAAUUGGCCCAAAAAGAGGGCAAAUAUUCUACUUUCGAAGGCUCUCCUUCCUCUAAGGGUAUUUUACAAUUCGAUAUGUGGAAUGCUAAGCCAUUUGGUAUGUGGGAUUGGGAAACCUUGAAAAAGGACAUUGUCAAGCAUGGUUUAAGAAACUCCUUAACAAUGGCCCCAAUGCCAACUGCUUCAACCUCCCAAAUCCUUGGGUACAAUGAAUGUUUCGAGCCAGUGACUUCAAACAUGUACUCUCGUCGUGUCUUAUCCGGUGAAUUCCAAGUCGUUAAUCCAUACUUAUUGCGUGAUUUAGUCGACCUGGGCAUCUGGGAUGACAGUAUGAAGCAAUAUUUGAUUACACAAAAUGGUUCUAUUAAGGAUUUGCCAAAUGUUCCACAAGAUUUGAAAGAAUUAUACAAGACUGUUUGGGAAAUUUCUCAAAAGACCAUCAUCAACAUGGCUGCUGAUCGUUCGAUCUACAUUGAUCAAUCUCAUUCUUUGAAUCUUUUCUUGCAAUCACCAUCAAUGGGUAAAAUUACUAGUAUGCAUUUCUAUGGUUGGAAGAAGGGUUUGAAAACCGGUAUGUAUUAUUUAAGGACACAAGCCGCCUCUGCUGCUAUUCAAUUUACUAUUGAUCAGGAUGUUGCCGAUCAAGCCGCUACACACAUUGCAUCUACCGCAGAAUUAGAUCGUCCCGUUUAUAUUCCAACUGGUGCGAAAUUCACUGAUAAAGUUGCAUUAACGCCUGCCGAAAACUCGGAUAAGGAAACGUCGCCAGUUCCAUCCGAACCAUCUUCAGUCUCUAGUGCUAUGUCAAACAUGAAACUAGAAGAAGGAAUUACCCCUGCGGUCCCAACAGAAACAAUUAAAGAGGAAUCCAAUGGCAAGAAAUGUGACAUUUACAACGAAAAGGUCAUUGCUUGUCAAGCCCCCACCCCAGAAGCCUGUGAAUCAUGCUCCGGUUGA